AAUAAUGCGUCAUCUUGGGUAUAUUCGACGUUCACCAGAUGACGAUUAUGUACCACCGUUCAAACAUAAAUUAGACAAAUGCAAGGGUGACGGAAAAACGAUGAUUAUUGUUUAUGAACCUAAGCCUGAGGCCAAGCAUUCGAAUGAUAGGCAUAAGGGUAAGAGCAUGGUAGACAUAUCUUUUUGGGAGCAUGUGAAUGAAGGCCACGAGGUAAGUGAAGAUUACAUGCCAUGGUACGAAGGCUUCUCUCACCCCCGGGUGAUAAGGAUAGAUACUACUACCGGUAAGAGGAGCAACAAAGCAUCCUCAUCGGCUUCUACAUCCGAUACUAGAGAUGAUUCUACCAUUCUUAAGCUUGUGAGGGAACGAAUGAAGAUUCUUAUCAAGGAAUUUUGUUGCUUGGACGAAAAAGGAGAAGUGAUAAAACCUGAGCGACAUCGUAAGUACACUGAUUACUACAAACACAUUGAAAAUCCACAAGCGGAGAAAAUGUUUGCUGAUCUGUCUAAGGGAAGUAAGAGGACCAGGAAAACAUCUAGCCAGCUAAGACAAGAACGUGCUGAACGGGUGAAGGAAUAGAAGAUGAUGAUGAACAAGCUAUCGGAGAAGAAGGUGGUUCUCCAAAGGGAAGCCCAACACAGGGUCCUUCUAA